AUGGAUGAAAGGCUGAUUGAGGCUUCUCGAAGCGGCAAUGUCCAACUUCUGCAUCAGUUGCUGGUUGCGAAUCCAGUCAUACUCCAUAGUGUCGCGCUGGCUUCGGGAGAGAACCCUUUACACAUUGCUUCCUUGGCUGGCCAUGUUGAGUUUGUAAAGGAGGUUCUGAGGUUGAAGCCAGCUUUUGCUAAAGAAAUCAACCAGGAUUGUUUUACCCCCAUGCACAUUGCGUCCGCCAACGGGUAUGUGGAUAUUGCAAAAGAACUGCUUCUAGUUGAUCCAAGACUCUCCCAGCUUAAAGGAAAAGACCAAUGGACAGCUCUUCAUUUUGCAGCUAGCAGAGGGAGGAUAGACAUUAUUAAAGAGAUGGUUUCGGCUUGUUCAGAAUGCGUCGAAGAUGUGACCGAGCAAGGGGAGACUGUUUUUCACCUUGCUGUUAAGAACAACAGGUUUGAAGCUAUGGAAGCAAUGGUGGGAUUGGUCCGUCAAAGGAACAAACUUGACAUCCUCAACAUGAAAGAUAAUAAUGGCAACUCAGUUCUUCACCUGGCAACCUGGAAGAAGCAACACCAGGUUGUGCGAUGUUUACUUGCCAUCAACGGAACUAGUACUCCUGCUACAUUGGACGUAAACAGUGUAAACCAGAGCGGUCUAACAGCUCUUGAUCUGCUACUGAUCUUCCCAAGUGGAGCCGGCGAUCUGGAGAUCGACAGCAUCCUUCGUGGUUCAGGAGCUUUGAGAGCACGAGACAUAGUCCACACUAAUCACAACCAUACCGUAUUAAGUAUCCCUGACGAGAGCCAGCAUAGUCUGCAAACGGACCCAAAAAAUUUGGUCGAGUACUUCAAGUUCAGAAGGGGCAGAGACUCUCCUGAUGAUGCAAGAAACGCUCUGUUAGUUGUGGCAGUACUAGUGGCUACAGCAACCUAUGAAACUGCACUAAACCCUCCAGGUGGUCUUUGGCCGGACACAAACUUAAGCAAGAAUGGUACUGAGCCACUACAGGGAUACAACCUAGCUUACUUCUUCAUAGGAGCAGUUUACAACUCCAUCGGGUUUUCGGUUUCUCUUUACAUAAUCAAUAUCCUCACAACCAAUUUCCCUUUGCGGUUGGAGCUCCAAGUUUGUAUCGGAGGAAUGUACGCUACGUACAUCAAUGCAUUGGUCGCUAUUUCUCCUGAUUUGAUACAGUCGUACGUAUUGUUUGUACUUGUGUUUGUGCUUGUGCCACUUCUGCCUAUGGUGGUACUACUUGCCGUCAGGCUUAUCAUCAGGCUUACACAACCUCUGCGAAAUCGGCUGUGGACCUUCGGUUUUCUGUCCUAA